CCACCCCUAUUUUGGAUGGCGGCUUUUAUUUUAAGAGUUUUUAGGCGUGACUAAGAAGUUAAUCUAAUUGAAUGAAGCUGAUUACUAAGAAAAUCCUAAAUUUAGAAAGUAUGAUGUUUUUUGUAUACCUGGUGUUUCUAUCAAGUGUCUCCGGUUCUAUGUUUCCCCCUCUUGAGAACACAUGCAGUGGAUCCUAUUGCCAUAUAAUGUAUAGAAAUUACGGUUUUUCCGAAAAGAAGGCUCCAAAACUUUUGGAAUUCCACUUCACCUCCUGCGAUGACCUGAAAGUAUUACAACUCAUGCCCAAUCUGCGUACCCUGGAAUUGGAAUUCUGCACGAACGAGCACAUCAACAAGAUAAAUCCAAGAUCAAUUCCGAAUCUAAGUACCCUUCAGUUGCGUCGCGGAAAUCUCUCUGGUCUUAACGAUGAACACUUUGCCAAGUGGCCCGACAUUAAGGUCCUUGAUCUAGGAGGAAACUCCAUUGCUACAGUAACCAAUGAAACCUUCUAUGGAGUACCUCAUCUUUCGUUGCUGGCAUUGCCGGGCAACGAUAUUCAGAUUUUACCCCAGGGUAUAUUUGAAACCCUACCGGAACUUCUGCAUCUUGAUCUAAGUGGCAAUAGGAUCAGUAAUCUUGAAGGAAGCAUCUUUUCUGGAAAUCCGAAGCUGGAGAUGCUGCUACUCAAUAGGAAUCCCUUGACUUCGAUAUCGCCCUCGGCGCUAAUAUCCCUUGCAAAUCUUCGCCUUUUGGAUCUGAGCAAUUGUGGCCCUCUGUCUGCCCUUACACUGCCCGGUGCUCAUUCCAUAAUCCUGGACAAUAGCGGACUGAAGUCUUUAGAAAUCGAAGGCAGUGUUUUCAAACUGAGUGCGAAAAAAAACCAGAUUACCAAUAUCCGAUUGCACUACAAAAGCUCUCUCACGGAGUUAGAUCUGCAAAAUAAUUCACUGUCUACUUAUGAUAUUCCCCGGCUUCUAAUGGGAAUGUGGAGACUUCAGCACCUGGAUCUUUCCAAUAACCUCAUCCAUGAUUUUCCAGCGGCAGGAAGCGACAACACAAGUGAACUCUUUCUGCUACCCAAUCUCAAGUUCCUAAACCUGUCAGGGAAUUUUCUCAAGCGCCUCCACUACGAUUCUCCGAUACCAUGGGCAAGGCUUACCCAUUUGGACUUGUCGUUCAGUGGACUAUUUUUUCUACAAUCAUCCACCAUUGAAAGUGCUUUUAAUCUUGAGGCCUUGUAUAUACAGGGAAAUAGACUUAGAUAUGUUCCACCCACUACGUUUCAGCAAUCCCAUCCAGGCUUUAAAGAGGUGGCUUUAUAUGACAACAUUUACACUCCAGAGGCUUACAAAAAAGCUACCAUGUUCUUCAGAGAUAUUAAAGUAAACGUAAUUGAAAAAAGUCAGUGUGAAGCUCAAAGCAAUGACAGCUUGAAGGACGUUUGUGCAAAUUUUAUAAACAAAGCUCAAGUAGGUCCUACCAAUAGAAACAGUUUAAAGGAAAAAAGUGAUGACUUUAAUGAGGAACAUCAAAAUGAUUCUCCAAGCAAUAACAGCGAUAAUGAAACUUCUUUGCACUUUAUAAACAAAAGCCCAAAAGAUCCUUCAAACAAAACCUCUCUGAAUGAAAAGGUUGAUAACUCUAAAGAAAAACCCCUUAAUGAUCCUCGAAGCAAUGAAAACUCAACUGAAGCUCUGCCUGACUUCGCAAAUAAAUCUCAAAUAUUUAAUAAACAAGUCGCAUUUCGCAAUGACAUGACCAGGCUCGCAUGGCCAGAAGUUAAUGGUGAACCUAUCAGCGUAUGGACUCUAGUCUUGAUUGUCGCCCUUUCUUUAUCUCUUGGCAUUAAUGUGAUCCUGAUUAAGAUUCUCUGCCGUUAUAGUGGAAGACACAUUGUUCCGCAGGCAACACCACAAUCUUCCUUGGAAACGAUAUUUAUCCACAAUUUAAUACCUGCAGAAGAUAUCAGAGAUUAAUUUUUACUCAAAAAGACAAGAUCGAUUGUGUACUUAAUAAUUAGGUUACAAUUUUAUAUGCUCAAACAAAGUGUUCCUUAAAUUCAUCAGGUCUUACAUAUAAUGAUAUAUAUAUAAUAAGUUAUGAAUAAAUAUUAUUUUUUUAAA